AUGCUAUCGAUUUUGAUAAAAUCUUCAAAUUUAUAAUUAUAAAUAUUAAUUAAAAUAAUGGGAUAAAUUAAAUUCUACAAAUUUAAUGUAUAAGCCGCAUAAUUGUUAUCAAAUUUUUUGUCAUAUAAAGACUCUAUUCAACAUAUGAAAGACAGAUUAUCAGCAUUAAAAGCGGCUCAAAGUGACGAGGACGAAGUCGGAGGCGCCGCCGAAGAUGUAGCUCUUGAUGUCAGCGGUGGUCGGACCGGAUUUAUGGACGAAUUCUUUGAACAAGUAGAAGAAAUCAGAUCGAACAUAAACAAAAUAGCCGCGAAUGUAGAAGAGGUCAAAAGGAAACACAGCGCCAUCCUUUCAGCACCCCAAUCCGACGAAAAAGUCAAACAAGAACUCGAACAACUCAUGGCAGACAUCAAAAAGACCGCCAAUAAAGUUCGCGCCAAAUUAAAAGUCAUGGAACAAGGUAUUGAACAGGAAGAACAAGCUAACAAGACCUGUGCCGAUUUGAGAAUACGUAAAACGCAACAAUCCACUCUUUCUCGCAAAUUUGUCGAAGUUAUGACCGAUUACAACACGACCCAAACAGAUUACAGGGAAAGGUGCAAGGCUAGGAUACAAAGGCAGCUAGAAAUUACCGGAAGAGCCACAACCAACGAGGAGCUCGAAGAAAUGCUGGAAAGCGGAAAUCCUGCCAUAUUUACACAAGGGAUAAUUAUGGAAUCACAGCAGGCCAAGCAAUCCUUGGCCGAUAUCGAAGCCCGUCACCAAGAUAUCAUCAAAUUGGAGAACAGCAUAAGGGAGUUGCACGAUAUGUUUAUGGAUAUGGCCAUGCUAGUCGAGAGUCAAGGAGAAAUGAUCGAUAGAAUCGAGUACAACGUGGAGCAAUCGGUCGAUUACAUAGAAACCGCCAAAAUGGAUACCAAAAAAGCCGUCAAAUAUCAAAGCAAAGCCCGAAGGAAAAAAAUACUCAUCAUCAUAUGCUUAGCUGUCCUCAUUAUCAUUCUUAUCUCAGUCCUAGCUGGAAUAUUUGGAAAACCUGGAAAAUGAGACGAUAUAUAUAUAUACUGGUCUGUUGUUUUUUGGCGUUUACAUAUAUUUAAAAAAGUAAUGUAUAUCAAAAUCAACCAAUCAAUACAUUCCAAAUUCUUGGUACCAAUCAACAUCAUUCUGAAUAGUGACCAACCAAGCGAAAAUGAAAUUAAAUUACAGAUUAAUAAUAUUGUGAUCAAUUCGAAAUAAAACAAAACAUUUUUUUUUUGAUUUUAUUUUCAGUUCUUUUGCCCUACUUUUAAAUUAUAAUUUUUUUUUUCUACUUAUAAUUAUAAAAAACAAAUCUUUUUUUUUACACCCUUCACCCCUCCCAUAGCUAUUAAAUACUAAUAUGCAGAUAAAAAGCAUUUAAAAGGUCUUCUGGCUAAUUAACGUUAUCAUUGGAUAGCACUGACUGGUAGUUGCUAUUAUUUUUUUUCUAAAAUUGAUAGUUAGUGGAAAGCAAUAAAAAAAAAUGAUAUUUUUGAUAUAUUAAUAUAAUUAGACUCAAUUUUAAAGAAAAUAAUUAUUUAAUGGAAAAAUCCAUGACCUUUUUGCCAAUUAUUUAUUCAAAAUGUUAUAAUGAAAAAAAAACAAUACUUUUUAUAAUUCUGGUUUUAUUCAUUUUUUUUUGAUAAGCUUUCGAUCUUGUAGUUUGAAGUUAUAGUUCGUCGGUCUAGAAUUGGAGUGCUCCACACGACAUUUUCAAAAUUUUUGAGUUAGUAAUGGAUAAUAACUUAUUUAUUCCCAAAUAUAUAAUAUAAAUAAAAACUAGAUUUAAAAAAAUAUAAUUUUUGCCAAAGUUAUAGCUCUGUCAAAAUUGAUCAAUAAGCUUUUCCUAUAUUUUAUUUUAAUCUUUAAUGUUUAUUUUCUCAUUUUAAAAACAUUUGCGCAAGUGGAACACUCCAAUCCUAUCCCGACGAGUUUAUAAAAAAAAAUAUUAAAUGCAAAAUAAAAAAAAAUAACCUUGCUUUCCAAUGAAAAUCGCUCGUAAUUCGCAACAUCGAAAAAUUACGCUAUAUUGUAAAAAAAAUAAAAUCAACUUUGUAAUAAUUUUUUAUUUUUUUCGCAAAAAAAAAUUUCUCUAUAUAGAAAAUUUUGGAAAAGAGUAUUUUGUUGUAUACCUGUAAA